AUGACUAGUUUGAUCAACGCUGACACUCGCAUCAAAGUGAGCUCUGUACUCAACAGAGAUACUACCAACUAUGGCAAACAAAAUUUGAUCGAUGGUCAAGUAGAGACAUGCUGGAAUUCAGAGCAGGGCCUUCCACAAAACAUACUACUUGAUUUUCCUUCAGCAGUAUCAGUAAACAGCAUUAUAUUCCAAUUUCAAGGUGGAUUUGUCGGCAAAAAAUGUGUGGUCGUAGGCAGCACAGUAGACGCACCCAACGACUACAGCAUUGAGAUUGACACGUUCUAUCCCGAAGACAUCAACCCUACUCAAACUUUCAAUUUCGAAGCAACUCCAGCAUUGAAAAGAUGUAUAAAUUAG